AACGAGAACUACUUGAAUUCCCAUCACCAUCAUCACGAUUACGAUCACCCACACGAUCACCCACACGAUCAUCAACAUGAUCACAAGCACUCGCACUCGACGCAGGCAAAAGCUUCGCGAAGGGAUCACGGUGACAUUAUUUUAAGGGCCGUCGGGUCGACUCUGCUCAUAUCCGCCGCACCUUUCUUCAUACUGUUCUUCGUGCCGUUGGACAACACCAAGCAGCGCGAGUCGCUGCUCAAGAUCCUGCUGAGCUUCGCGUCCGGCGGCCUCCUGGGCGAUGCGUUCCUCCAUUUGAUUCCACAUGCGAUGGUGCCCCACUCGCACGAAUCUCCGCCGGAACACUCGCAUGGAUCUCCGUCGGAGGCGCACUCGCACAGCCAUCACGACGAGGCGGGACACAAACAUGACAUAUCCGUCGGUUUGUCCAUAUUGUUAGGGAUAAUAGUGUUUCUAAUGGUCGAGAAGGCGGUACGCAUUAUUAAGGGCGGUCACAGUCACUCGCAUGUCCAUCAUGAUUCUCAAGAGAAAAAAGAUAUUUCGUCGGAAAAGAAAGAGGAGAAGAAAGGGGAGAAGAAGAGCAGUGGUAAAGCAGUUUCCAAGGCACACAAAGCACCUGAAAGCGACAUCAAGAUCGCCGGCUAUCUGAACUUGGUGGCGGACUUUCUGCACAAUUUUACGGACGGUCUGGCUAUAGGAGCCAGUUACAUGGCUGGAAAUAGUAUUGGUUAUGUAACGACAUUCACGAUAUUGUUACACGAGAUUCCGCAUGAAAUCGGUGAUUUUGCCAUUCUCAUACAAAGUGGAUACAGCAAAAGAAAGGUAAAAUAUAAACAGACACAAAUAUCUUGA